UUCAAAUUCGGAUUGCGACCGCGGUUUCUCUGCUCACAGAUCUCCGUCAUAUCCCCUUCUCUCUCACUCUGUAGCUCUUAUCUGUCUCCAACUCGCGCUUUCUUCUCUCCAAACCGUAACCCUAAUCCGAGCCGUAAUUCGUUUGAUCGGAGAUGAGAAGGCCGAGGGCGACGCCGAGGGGGAGGAAGAAGAAGGCUGCGGCGGAGGCGGCGGAGAGAGAGGAGGGAGGCAGCAGCAGCGGCGGCAGCAAGUCGCCGGAAGAACUCCCCAAGGAGUCCAAAGCUUCAACCAGAGGGAAGCGGGUCAAGGCACCCGCCGCCGCCAAGCCCAAGACGCAGCCCGAGUUCUUCCCCGAGAAGAGGAAUCUGGAGGAUCUAUGGCAAGCUGCCUUUCCUGUUGGAACUGAGUGGGAAAACAUGGAUAAAAUUUGCGAGAUCAAUUGGAAUUUUUCAAAUUUGGAGAGAGCUUUUGAGGAAGGGGGACAGCUUCAUGGAAAGAAGGUCUACCUGUUUGGAUGUACCGAAGCUCAGUUGUUGGUUGUAAAGGGUGAACAGAAGGUUGUACUUAUUCCCAUUGUGGUAGCUGUGAUUUCUCCUAUCCCACCAUCAGAUAAGAUUGGUAUAAAAUCUGUUCAAAGGGAGACUGAAGAAAUAAUACCAAUGAAGGCAAUGAAAAUGGCAUGGGUUCCAUACAUCCCGCUAGAAGACCGGCAAAGUCGGGUUGACAGAUUGAAUACUCAAAUAUUUACCUUGGCCUGCACCCAGCGAAGAUUUUCAACCUUUGAAAGCUGAUGAGGAUGAAGAUGACACAGUUGUUAAUAUUAUGUUUCCGUUGGAACCACCAGUUGUCUGUGAUUUUGACUGGGAAUUGGAUGAUCUUGAGGAAUUCACUGACGAACUCAUCGAGGAGGAGGCAUUACCAAAUGAUCAGAAAGAUGCGUUCAAGGUACCGUACAUAAAUAGGUAUUAUGGUAAAGCUCAUGCUGUAAUGUAAUGAGAACUCUGUUGAGCAGCUUUGCUUAAUAUUUGGGAAUCUCAAUUCUUGUCCGGAUCUGCUUGUGGCUUCUACCUUGAAGAGACCAGAAGCAAUUUUGAUUUCUGAGGAGAGGAGAGUGCCCUUUUUAUCUUAUACAAUUGGAUCAAGGAUCUAACAGCAGUAGCUUGGUUCAAUUUUUUGUCUUCUGAUACUGCCAGUGGGUGAGAUUCGUUCCUGAUCACCCUCCUAUCUUGAUAGAGAUAAUCAUUUUUUUUUCCUCUCUUUUCUAUCUAUGAUGGCUCAUGUUAGAAGUGGAAGGCGGUGAUGGUUUUAUUUACAUACUGAGAAAGUGCCUGUAAUUUGUAAAAAUAUUUCCUACGAUGUUGCAAGGCAUUUCCAAACAUUUUCACAAAUUGUGGAAGUCAAUAAAAUUAGCUGUGACCUUCAAUC